GCGGUUCCGAGGUCUGAGGCUGGGGAACUGGACUUGUAAAGUCUCGGUCCAUUUCUCAAAUGUCCUCAUCGAGGUUCGGGACAAAUCGAUCGAUCGAUCGCGUCACCGGUUCGGCCACAGCCACGCCAGCACACUCGCCCCACCUUUGAUCGCCAGCUGGCUGCGGUCCGGAAAUACGACGCGACGGCCCGGCACAGUCCGAAACCUUCACCCGGCUCGGUCGUCGUGCACGUCCGGGAUCCGACGUGCGGGGCUGCAGCCGCGAAGGAGGCAGAAUGCCGGACUUCAUCCCCCUUUUACACAACUCCUGCACGCCCUGAUCAGCCGGCUUCCCACGCCGAUCAGCUGGCUGCGUGAUGACGCAAGCAGUCACGAGUCGGCUGACGUCAGCUGCACGGAAGUGACGUAGGGUACUUUGAUGAGACAGCAGUUUGGGACUGUUACAUUUAUAGCCAUAGAAACAUUAAAAACGGUUACAAAGUCCUAAAGAAGAUAAGAAAUUAGAAUUUGAUAGUUAGAAAAAUCGGAACUAGCACACUUUGACGCUUUUAAUUGUUGUAACUUACUACUAACUGUCAAGAGAGGCAGUUUGAUGUUAUUACAAAAUUACCGGUUGGUUAUUUACUAACAAAAUAGUUUUUUGUUUUUUUUUUCGAAAAUUUCCUUUAACCAAAAUAAUUAUUUCGGCCGCUUGGUGCAUCAUCCAUAAAUGUCGUGUAGAAACUUUGAACCUGAAAGUAAAGUUGUUCCGCCCACAUUAGUUGCCAUGGAUACGAGUCCAGGAGCGCGAGACCGACAACGUCAAGCUAGUUUAGGCGCCAUGUAGCGUAAACUCUCUUCUUCAUUUCCAUGAAUACAAAGUGACGGAAGGGACAAAACAUUGUUUUAUAUAGUCCGUCCAAUCCGGAAUAAACGUCCAGAACAACUUUUCCCCGCCGACUAACUCCGCCAUUAUGGAGGAGGACGUCCACAAGAUGAAGAUUUGUUGCAGCUCAGAAGACAAAAAGAAGAAAAGGAAGAAAAAAGUCUUUGCUGCCUCACUAACGUCGCCACAGCAUUCAGCCAAGCCGCCUGAGGCCGUGCACCUGACCCUGAUGCCAGCGUGCCCGAGGGCCCGAGGUCAAACAUCCAAGCUGCGUGUGACCUGCAAGAAGAGCAAGGACCGGGCCCCCGCAGACAAACCCGUCAAAGAGCUGUCGGCAAGCAGGAGAAUCGGCCCCGUAAGGGCGUCCUGUGUGGCCGAGCUCAGCGCACAGGCGAGGGAGAGCCUGAGGUGGGAAGAGGCGGUGGAGGACCCCCAGGCGGAGGAGGAGAGGCUGGAAGUGUACCGGGCCAACAGGAGGCGGCGCUAUGUCGCCCAGCAAGAGGUGCAGCAGGCGUCCGCGCUCGCUGCAGGGACGUCGCCAAUUUUGAGCGCAGACAGUCUGUGAGCAGGACUGGCUCCUUUUUGUGGAUCACUUAAUCAGCAGCAUGAGGAGGAGUCACAUGACCCGAGCACCCACAGGACGUUCAUGGUAAUCGAGCUUGUUUCACUGCAAUAUCAAGCGCCAUUGUGGGGCCCGGGGGCCAUUUUGGCUCACAGCUUGUUUUUAUCUUAAUAAUACAAACACAAUUGUAUCAAUUAUUAGAUAAACAUGUUUUAUUCAUUGCUGAGGCGCCAAUGUUUUCUUCAAAUAGCUUAGCAUGUACAGUACUCGCCUACAGCGCUUUGCUUAUAGAAUCCUUCUGGAAAGAGUCCUGACAACAUUGAAAGGCCUACUGAAAUGAGAUGUUCUUAUUUAAACGGGGAUAGCAGGUCCUUUCUAUGUGUCAUACUUGAUCAUUUCGCCAUAUUGCCAUAUUUUUGCUGAAGGGAUUUAGUAGAGAACAUCGACGAUAAAGCUCGCAACUUUUGGUCGCUAAUAAAAAAGCCUUGCCUUUACCAGAAGUAGCAGACGAUGGGCGCGUGACGUCACGGGUUGUAGAGAUCCUCACAUCCUCACAUUGUUUAUAAUCCUAGCCUCCAGCAGCAAAAGCUAUCCGGGCCGAGAAAGCGACAAUUUCCCCAUUAAUUUGAGUAAGGAUGAAAGAUGUGUGGAUGAGGAAAUUUAGAGUGAAGGACUAGAAA